AAAUACAUUUUAGGUACACUGCCUACGUAUAAUCUCAAGAAAACCUACUUAUAAUACAACAACAAACUCAAUAUAUUCCCACGUAAUGAGGUCUGGAAAGGAUAAAAUAUAUGCAGUUCAUAUCAUUUCCUCGAGGGAGUAGAGAGGUUGUUUUCGAUAAACCCCCAGCUCAAGAAAACCUACUAUAAUGUCAAGAAAAAAUUAUACUCCAAUAAUCGAUAGUCUUUCAAGUUAGUACUCCUUACUCGUAUAUAAGUAUAUACAUGCCAUUUGUGGCUUAGAUGACAACUCUGAGCAAAAAAAAUGUCAACGAGUGAGAGUGCCUCUGAGCUUCUCCAAGCUCAAGCUCAAAUUUGGAACCACAUUUUUUCCUUCAUAAGUUCUUCAGCAUUAAGAUGUGCAGUUGAACUAGACAUCCCUGAUGUUCUUUACAAACAUGGUAAGCCUAUGCAUCUUUCCGAUCUCUCUGCUGAACUUUCCCUAGUUGAUCCUUCUAAGGUUACCUUUUUGCCAAAUUUAAUACGAUUUUUAGUUCAUUCUGGUUUACUGAAUCAACAUGAUGAUGAUUGCUAUUCUCUCACCCCUGCUAGCCGCUUUCUUGUGAAAAAUGAGCCCUUGAAUUUGAGGUCACUUUUGGUUUUCACUCAUGAUCCGUUCAUUCAAAAAGCAUGGUUUGAGUUAGGUAAUUGGUACAAAAAUGAUUUCCCUACCACUUUCCAUACUGCUCAUGAAAAAUCUUUUUGGGAUUAUAUUGUGGAAGAACCAAGAUUAGGUGAUACUUUCAAUGGUUUAAUGGCUAGUGAGUCGAGGUUGAUUGUCACUGUGCUUAUUACCGAGUGUAGACACAUUUUUGAGGGCUUGACAUCAUUGGUGGACGUUGGAGGUGGCACUGGCACUGUGGCAACCGCAAUAGCCAAAGCUUUUCCUGCCAUAAAGUGCACUGUACUUGAUCUUCCACAUGUUAUAGAAAACCUCAAGAGCAGUACUGGGAACCUGGAGUUUGUUGGAGGAAACAUGUUUGAAAAUAUUCCUACAGCUAAUGCAAUUUUACUCAAGUGGAUUAUGCAUGACUGGAAUGACGAAGAUUGUGUGAAGAUACUAAAGAAAUGCAAAGAGUCAAUUCCAAGUAGGGAUAAAGGAGGGAAAUUGAUCAUCAUUGACAUUGUGCUGGAAGAUCCAAAGAACACCACUGAAUAUGCUCGAGCACAACAUAAUAUGGACAUCAUGAUGUUGGUUUGUUUUGCUGCUAAAGAGAGAACAAAGAAGGAAUGGGAAAACCUCUUCAAUGAAGCUGGUUUCAGUGAAUGCAAAAUAACUUCCAUUCCGGGUUCAAGAUCUCUCAUUGAAGUAUAUCCUUGAAAGUCUUGGCUUAGCUUGUAAUUUGAAUUUAUGAAAUUGGAUCAUCUUAAUUGUGUUGACUUCUUUUA